CAGUGAGCACAUGACGUUUUGUUUUGGUUCGUCUUUCCGGAGCUACUCUUCUUCACCCAAACGCAGGACGAGGCAGGAUGAAGUGCAUCCGCCUCCUUUGUUUCAACAUUUUUCUUAUUCGUGCCUGCUCGGCUUCGCCUCCGAAUUUCGUCUUGCUUUUCGCAGAUGAUUUGGGUUUCGGGGACGUUGGGUGUUAUGGGCACCCCAGUUCACUCAGUCCAAACUUGGACCGCCUGGCAGCGGGAGGACUCAGGUUUACGGAUUUCUACUGCACCAGCCCCGUCUGCAGCCCGUCCAGGGCAUCAUUGUUGACAGGGCGCUAUCAGACCCGCUCGGGUAUCUACCCAGGAGUGUUGUACCCAGGCUCUAUAGGCGGUCUUCCUCUGAAUGAGACCACCAUUGCUGAAGUGUUGAAACCUCUGGGCUAUGAUACUGCUGCCAUGGGGAAGUGGCACCUAGGGGUUGGGGCCAAGGGGAUGUUUCUUCCAACCAAGCAGGGGUUUGACGAGUACCUGGGCAUCCCCUAUUCCCAUGACAUGGGCCCCUGUGAGAACCUGACUUGUUUCCCUCCAGAUGUUAAGUGCUUUGGAGUGUGUGAUGUUGGCACUGUAUCUGUUCCACUAAUGCACAACGAGGUCAUCAAGCAGCAACCAGUCAACUUCCUCGAUCUGGAAAAGGCUUACAGUGACUUUGCAGUCAAUUUCAUUACCACGUCAGCCAAGAAAAAACAACCUUUCUUUCUCUACUAUCCUUCCCAUCACACACACUACCCCCAAUAUGCAGGCCCAGGGGCAGCUGGGGGGUCUUCAAGAGGCCCAUUUGGAGAUGCUCUGCUGGAGUUUGACAACACAAUAGGAAACCUAAUGACAACCCUGGAGAAGACAGGAGUGAUCAACAACACACUGGUCUUCUUCACUGCAGACAAUGGGCCUGAACUGAUGCGUAUGUCUCGUGGAGGUAAUGCUGGCCCUCUGAGAUGUGGAAAAGGCACCACAUAUGAGGGGGGCAUGAGAGAGCCAGCCAUCGCCUUCUGGCCAGGGACCAUCAGGCCAGGUGUGACCCAUGAGAUCGCCAGCACUCUAGAUAUCCUUCCCACUAUUGCAAGCUUGGCAGGAGCGAGGCUACCCCAAGUGAUGCUGGAUGGUGUUGAUAUGACAGAACUACUUGUCAGACAAGGAAAGAGUAAAAGGGAGGCGAUGAUGUUCUACCCCACAGAUCCCACUGAGAUGUAUGGCCUGUUUGCUCUCAGGUUAGGAAAGUACAAGGCCCACUUCUAUACGCGAGGUGCUUUCCACAGCAGUACAACCCCAGACCAAGACUGCUCGGCAUCGGCAAGCUUCAAGGCCCAUGACCCCCCUCUUAUUUUUGACCUGGAAGCAGACCCUUCGGAGCACUACCCUCUCUCACCAAAAGAAAAACCCGACCUCCAAGCUCUGCUGGAGAGGAUUAAGAAUGUUAAGGAGCAGUUUGAAGCCUCCAUGGUGUUUGGAGAGAGCCAGAUUUCAAAAGGAACGGACCCCGAAUUGGAGCCUUGCUGCAAUCCUCAGUGCAGUCCCAAGCCCAGAUGUUGCCAGUGUUGAUGAGGCAAAUUCUCACAGCUGCUAAUACUGAGAACGAGGGGAAGGCUGGAGAGUGCACCGAUUUGCAUUAAGACUGCACACACAUGAUCCAAGUGAUGCGUGAUGCUGUUAUGAUGCAUUGCUAUUUGUGUGUGGACAGCUAUGCUUAUCUGUUCAUGGUCAAAAGAAACAUUGCAAACAAUCUGUUUCCUCAUUGAGGAGAUGAUUUUCUUACUGUUACUUCAGACUACAUUUGGAACUAAUCUGUAUCUGUGUACUGUAUAUUUCUCGAGUUGUCCUGUUUGAAUACAUGUUUUAUUAUAAGACUUCUCCAAUUUCCACUGCAAUAUUUCUUAAAAUAAUACAAUUUGGAAUAAAUAAAUAAAUGUAUGGAUUUUUACAAAUAUGUGAAAAUGCUUUGCACCAUAUUUCAAUCACACAGUUAAAAAUAGAUCUGAACAAUAAAGACGACAAUAAAG